AUGGUCUUGGCAGCACAGGCUCUGACUGGCUAUUUCGACGACACAAGGUCAACGCCAUUGACGAAUGAGCCUGCCAGUGACUCCGUGGUAGUCACUAUCACACGAGUAACAGCCGCGUGGAAAGACAGCGGUACUACGGGACUUGACGCAAGCAAAAGGUUGGGUCCUCCGGAAUAUUCUGAUGAUCGAGCUGACGAUGAUACCAGUAAGUAUGGCCCGGGCGACCCCACAGACUGGCGACUUUACCUCAACGGAUCCGGCAAGCCUCUCGCCAGCCAGAACGGCAGACCUUGUCGGUUCGAGUUCCAAUACCGAUCGGAUGCAAAGCGUACAACGACCGUACGACCACGACUCUGUCUACCACGCGUUCGGAAGCCAUCGUCUGCCACUGAGGACGAUACUACCGAUAGGGACUCUGAGAGCGCUGAUGACGAUGAGACAGUACCUGAAGCGCCCGUCUGCGGAGCUGGCAAGAAGCUGAAGGUAGCUCGUUCCAGACGACCAGUGUUUCUGAAGAAAUGGUAUCGCGACAACAAUGACAUAGAGAACGACGAUGACGAUGAAGAGCCUGCAAAGACAGAACCAGCUCUUACUGCCCAUGCUAGCACGGCCGGUACUCCAGAAGAAGAGCAGCACAUUGAGGCGAACUCAGUGGAGAUGCCUCAGACUGCCAGAGACACUGCUACCGAAGCUGUUGCCAAUGCAGCUCAGUAUCGGGCCGCUUUGGCCCUGUGGGAGACUCAUGCGAAAAUUGAGUGGGAUCAAGAAGCCUCGCAUAGCGAUGCACACUACACCGAAGCUUGGCAGAGCAAAGUGCAGCGAGUCUCCCAAAUCCAGAUGGCACGGGUCCAAGCCGCUAAUGCGGCGAAGCAGUCCUCAGCAGACACCUCGAGUCUCGAGCGUAAGCGCUCGGCCGAUAGCAUUUCUGAUGAGCGCCACACCAAGAAGAGGCGUGUCGACAUUGAUCUCACAGUCGAUGACAAUGACGACCUGGUCGAGAUUAAGAAGGAGGAUGUCAGCGUCCGCGGUGGCGGUCUUCAUGAUUUUGCUAUUCAGCAGGAAGACAAUCAAGACAUCGAAGCCGACCAGAAAGCUGUCAAUCUGGAGCUGCGAGAGGUGCUACUGGAGCGCAAGAAGGCAGAGCUCGAGAGGCAGCUCAAGUACACGCAGAGGCGUCUACAGGCGAGUAAGAAGAUCAAGGACGAGGAGUUUAUCAAGAUCGAGGAUUGA